AUGCGGUCCUCUCCAGUGAGCAACAAUGCAGAAUCGGGAGGCGAGAGCUGGCUGGAUGCAAACACAAAUGAUUUGACUGUACCCCGAGCGCGGCCCGCCCCUGCUCCGGUCGGUGGUGGUGGGGAUGUUUUGGGGGGAGACGGAGGGGGCAGGGCUGGCGGAGGAGGGUCAAUUUUGCGGCGGCGGCGGCGGGAGGGGGAGGAGGAGCUGGCGGCGCCUGCAGCCGGGCAUGCCUCCCCGCUCCUCGCGCACAAUGCAUGCAAGCGCGCCGCACGGCUGGAGCUGGGGCGGCCUCCUUGCCUUCUGCCCGGCGGCGGCGGCUCCUGCUCCUUAGCCGGGGGCGAGAAGGCGUGGGGGCGAUCGGCGCAUGGCGCUGCAGGGGGGAAGGAGAACCGCUCCGGAGGGUUGAUGGUGACUUUGACAGCACUUUCCACCACCAAAAAAGCUGAUUGGAGCGUAGUGAUGACCAACAGUGAUAGGACGAGCCAAAAAGCUAAGACUGGCUGCAGAGAGGAGGAGGCGCAAAAUGAACAGUGUCGCCCCGCACGCAAGAUCCAGAGGCCCGUCGAAGUGAAGCGAGAGGGCUCGAAAAUGUCUGCCUGCGGCGACUUUGUGGAACACAUCUGGAAGCCGGGAUCCUGCCAAAACUGCUUCUGCCCCAGACACUUCCACCAGCUGCAGACGCCACCCCUCGACCUGGGAAACAGCGGCCGGCUCGCACAGGAUCCGCGUGGAAUCCGAGCCAGACCCGAGCCUCUGGAAGAUGAGGGCGUGACGUCCUUGCCUUACUCCAAGCCGACGAUUGCUGUGAAGCCGACAAUGAUAAACUCGGAUAUUUCGGAGGUGUGGGCGGAUGGGAACCUGAGCGCAGAUCUCCCGCAGGUCAGCAGGAGAACGGUGCCCGGAAAGCAUAUCUUCAUGAAAUCUGGAGAAGAGCAAAGAGCGUACAUGGACACUUUCAGCAAUCAUGUCCUAAGGAAGCCGGUCGGUCAGAACCUUUCCAGUGAUUGUACUUCACUCGGCCCAUGUGGCCCUUCCUCGGUUGGCACUUCUGGUCCUGCAAGCAAGUCAGAAAGAAAUAUGACCUUUCCGGUUGAGGCGGAUGUACAGGAGGAGGACACUAAAGUGCCUGGCAAGGAGCAGUUGUCCUUGCCGUAUUUGGGCCUCUAUCACAAGCCAACCGUUUUUAGUGACAGACACAUUAAUUCAGCUGCGGACUCUCCCGGAUACCUUUCCCCCCGCCAAAGAGGGGAGGUGUUAGCUUUAGACAAAGCUGGUGUAUCCAACUCUCCAGACUUAGAAAGUGACGGUGGGGAGUAUUGUUCCAUUGUAGACUGUUGUGGAGAGUCUCUUGUUCACCAGACCCUAGGAAGUACGGAAAACAGAUCGGCAUGGCCUGAAAGUGAACGUCACAUUCGGAAGCUUUUGGGGCAAGAUGAUGCAAUCAGUACAGAAACAAAGUCCAGGGCAGUAGAUUUUGGUGAACGGGGAAGCGCAACUUUGGAAUCCGAUUCAGACGUUCAGGGGGAGAAACAUCCACACAAUUCCAUAUAUAACCGUUUACGCUCCGAAACAGAAACGUUAGCAUUUCUGCCGGGUGCUGCGGUAAAAAACAACAGCCCUGUGGAUCUGAGCCGGGGAAAUGAUUGCUGUCCUCUUGACGGGGCAUCCGAUCAAAUCGAAGGCAAGCACACAGAAAAUGCAAACGUUUCUGCAGGACAGCCGCUUACCUACCAGGGUGGCCUUCCCCAGGAUGAGCCCAUCUAUGCUGAGAGCACAAAGAGGAAAAAAGUGCAGCUAGGGACCUCCGGCACACAUCCGAUCAGCAACGUUUCAGCAUAUAGCCCCUCUAAAGAUCAAGCAGACAGCCCCUGGAGGGAAAGGCCGCACCACUUGAGCUCUGACCGGGAGUUCCAAGAUUCUGCCACUCAAGUAGCGGCGACCAUUACCAUUAUGGCAGCCCAUACGGAAAAUGACAACCGGACGAUUUUUCUGAGCAGCCCGGACUCUGCCGUCGGGUUCCAGUGGCCAUGUGUCAGUCCCACCUCUCACUCAGAAACUGGGAAGACGUCCUCUUUCGUUGAGCACGUCGAAGGGCCUCAGGAGAGCAGUGAAAUGAGCAUGAAAGAAAAUGGCCCUGGUCUUCAGGGGCAGAUGGGUAACAAGAAUGUGAUGGCUGAGGGUCCUGCUAUUCCGCCUAAGUUAUCCAAAGGGAGCCCACCUAGAAACGAAGGGUCUGUCACGCAACUGGUCACAUCUCCCGGAGCUGGGGCCUGUGACAGCAGUGGCCGUGAGGAUGUUGACGUGGUGAAAAACGGCACGGACAGCACAAUCGUUGGGCCUCCAUGCUCCCUUCUUGUGAACAGUAUCUCCUUAGAGGAUCCAAAUAGAGGCCUAUCCUCCUCCAGUUCUGAGAGAAGACACAAAUACUACAAUCUGUCCUGGAGCCGGCAGUGCAGAAUAGAGGAGGAAGAGGAAGAAGAGCAGGGACUCUCGAAAAAUACUAAGGAGACGGACAUGGAGAAUGGGGUAGACGGUCCUUCUGGUCACGGAGAGUGGGGGAAAGGGUCCGCCCAAGAGAAUAAGACCGGCGGGAUGAGCAAAUCAGCUUCGUUUGCCUUUGAGUUCCCUAAAGACAAGAACGGCAUUGAUGACUUCGCGCCACCGCCUCCCCCUCCAAAGAAACAAUUCAGGCAUUUUUUAAAAAUGAACAAGAGUAAUUCUGAUUUGGAGAAGCUCAGAGGUGACGCUGCAGAAAGCCACAGCCCACCUUUCCAGGCGGUCCACGUCACUUUCACAGCCGGCUCCACGGACAGUUUGCAUUUGGACACCACUGCGUUCAGCAAUGGAGGGCCGUCGUGCAAAGCUAGUCUGCAUUCGCCGACUCGUACUGGGAAGCAUCUCUUUCCUCCGGCUCAUGUCCCUGCGUGUUCUAGCCAAGACAGGCCGCAUUGCAUACCCUUACAGCCACCCCCACUGCCCCAAAAGAAGACGGUCAGCAGAGCUGUCUCGUCGCCUGAUGGUUUCUACUGGGGCCCAACCUCACCGGCUAGAGCGGCAAUUCCCAGAAGCCCCAAGCUGAACUUCAGUCAGUCAGAAAGCAACGUCUGUAUCCGUGAAGAAUCUCCGUUCGGCUCCAAUUUGGGAAUUACCCACCGAACGUUUUCAUCUUCCGAGUCGCUGGAAAAAGCCUUCAAAGGAUCCCCGUCCCCGUUUCCACUUUCUGGUAAGAACGGCAACGUCUGCUGCCCCCGGGACAGAAAUCUGCCGCCUCCUCGUUCCUCCUCCCAACACAACAUGGCCGCCCAGGUUCCCUCAGGUUCCAGCCUCCAGCUCCACAACCUCCUCAGCAACAUUGAUAACAAGGAAGGGGUGUACGCGAAGCUAGGAGGGCUCUACGCAGAGUCCUUGCGCCGCCUCGUCGCGAAAUGCGAAGACUGUUUUAUGCGCGAGCAGAAGAGCGAGCUGCAUUUCUACGAGAACAACUGGUCUCUCUUCAAACUGACCUGCAACAAGCCCUGUUGUGAUUCGGGGGAUGCCAUCUACUACUGCGCCACCUGUGCCAAGGACCCCUCCAGCACCUAUGCUGUCAAGAUCUGUAAAUCGCAAGACACUAAAAUGGCCACGUCGUGCUGCAGCCCCUCAGUCCCAGUUCACUUCAACAUCCAGCAGGACUGUGGGCAUUUUGUCGCGUCCGUGCCCUCUAGCAUGUUGAAAAACGCUUCUGCGGAAAGCCAGUGUCCUUCCCGCGCUGUAUCCGAGCAGGACUGCGUGGUCGUCAUCACCCGCGAAGUGCCGCACCAGACUGCCGCGGACUUCGUGCGAGACGCCGUCACUUCCCAUAAAGCUAAGCCGGAGCUGUAUGAACGGCGGGUUUGUUUCCUCCUCCUGCAGCUCUGCAAUGGGCUGGAGCACCUGAAGGAGUACAGUGUCAUUCACAGAGACCUUUGCCUGGAGAACUUGCUGCUGGUACACUGCAAACCCUCUCCUGGCUGCAAAAGAACCAAAGAGGACAAGUCUCUGCCCAGGCUCAUCAUCAGCAACUUCCUGAAAGCCAAGCAGAAGUCGGGGCCCGCCGAGUCCAAGGUGAAAAAGAACCAGGCCCGGCUGGCUCCUGAGAUCGUGUCUGCUUCCCAGUAUAAAAAGUUUGACGAAUUCCAAACCGGCAUCCUCAUCUACGAGCUUUUGCACCAGCCCAACCCGUUCGAAGUGAAGGCCCAGCUCAGGGAACAGGAGUACAGCCCAGAUGACCUCCCCCCGCUCCCCGACCUUUCUAUUUAUUCUCGGGGGCUCCAGCAGCUCGCUCACCUGCUGCUGGAAGCAGACCCGAUCAAACGUAUCCGCAUCACCGAGGCAAAGCGCAUUCUGCAGUGUCUGCUCUGGGGCCCCAGGAAGGACUUGACGGAACAGACUCUUAACCACCAGGAGGCCCUUCAAGAUGCCCUUCACAACUGGGUGGACAUGAAACGGGCCUUGCUCAUGAUGAAGUUUGCGGAGAGGGCUGUGGAUGCAGAGCGGAAUAUCGAACUGGAGGAUUGGCUCUGUUGUCAGUAUUUAGCCUCCGCAGAUCCGUCUUCUCUUUCAAAGUCGCUGAAACUUCUUCAGCUGCUCUGA